GGUUUACAAUCGAGCAAAGUCUGCACGGAAUCUUCCGCUACGAUGUCGGUUCCGUCUAAAGCUUACUCUCCUUUUCAGACACCCUCAGUUCCGCGGGUCUGCUAUAUGGUACUCCCGACCUGGUAUGCUCACGCCAGAAUGACUUCGACUCGAUAUUGUUUCUGAUCAAAAUGGAAAAGUCCUCCUACCUGCGUUUGGAUGACGGCACCAGUUGUCCAGCCGCUUAUCAGGCACAAAUAACACAAGCGCAAGGCCCGGCUGGUGCGCUAGAGCAAAUAUUCGGAUACAUGCCGUCCAACGGGUUUCGAUAUGGCGUACUGUCUACCUAUACCCAGACUUGGUUUAUCAAGAGAGUCAAGGAGGGGACGGCAGACAAGGGCGGCAGACAAGGACUUGAAUGGCAGCCGGACAGUCUCGAUAAUCCUACGGCUGACAACAUGCUCACAAACGAACAGCCUGAAUACAAGGCUGCGAAACGUGGCCGCGACUGGGAGCCAAGACCUGGCGGAAGUUUUAGGCAAGGAAUGAAGAGUAUUUUACGCGAGGCAGAUAAUUAA